AGAUCCUACCAAGAAGAUUUUGUCAUACAUCCACUGAGCCAGCAGCAGCAUCUUUCCUCCUGAGGGCCCACUCUUCUCUUCUCUGCCUCUAGAAGAUCCAUCAGUGUGUCCAGCAUGAGUCCUCGGUCUCUCCUCCUGUCCAUCCUGGUUCUCUUGGCUUUCUUCAGCACUGCCUGCUGUUCUCCCAUCUCGUGCAAUAACCAGUGCUGUCGUUUCGUGGAGGCCUUCCCUGCCAGGCUAAAGAAGCUCAGAGAGAACUAUUCACAAAUCAGAGACUUCUAUGAAGCCAACGAUGACUUGGACACAGCGCUGCUAGACCAGAGCGUCGAGGACUCUUUUAAAAGCCCGUUUGCCUGCCACGCCAUGAACAGCAUACUGGAGUUUUAUCUGAGCACGGUUCUGCCGACAGCCAUGGCCGGAGUGACGGAGGACACCAAUGACUUAAAGCCUUACAUGGAGUCCAUACAUCACAUCUUUAACGAGCUCAAGAUGGAUGUCACCAAAUGUAGAAAUUACUUUUCCUGCAAGAAACAGUUUGACAUUGAAAACCUCAACUCUACUUACACUCAGAUGGAGAGUAAAGGUCCAUAUAAGGCCAUGAGCGAGCUGGAUCUGCUGUUUAACUACAUUGAGACAUAUCUGGCUUCUAAACGGCUAAGACACAGAAUGGCCGCUGUUUAAAGACCUGCUGACCCUAACCAAAAUCUGAUCUUGUUCAUCUCAGGAAAAAGAAAAGACAGCUUUGACCCUUGCACUCUUUUGCAAUGAAUCCGUUAUUUUCAGUGGUAUGAGUGUUGCCACAUGUUGUAGCCUGCUCAACGGAUGUCUAAUUCUGAGACUUCUGGUUUUGUCCUGAGGACAAGUUUCUGUUUUAAGACCAUAUUGAGUCCUACAUAUGAAGCUACAACUAAAACUGUCGCUUAUGAAGCUGUGAUAUUUAUUUGUAUCAUAUAUAAUGUUUUUUUUUUUAUUUAUGAUGACCAAUAUUGUAUUUUUGUAGAUGAAUAAAUGACUUGUUGAUAA